CUGCAUCGAAUUUUCUUCGACGACAUAGAGGAAGGCGGAUAUUUCAAUGCGUGGCUCACCACUAGUUUGAAGAACGUCGGAGAACUAUUUGUUUCUCUCCAAGUUGUCGUCGUUGGUGUUAAACUAAGCUUAAGCCUCCGAUGAAUGAAAGAAGGCGAGGAAGCGGGUACAAUGCCUCUAGGUACCGUUCUGUCUAUAACCUUCGUCAGGUUCAUACUCUGGCCAGCUAUUAGCAUACCCCUUAUCUGGGCCCUGGCAGCUUACACUGAUAUACUUCCAAAUGAUCCAAUGCUAUGGUGGGCUUUAAUGAUGAUGCCUAUCGGUCCUACCGCGAUGAAGGUCCUUGCGUUGGCCGACAUCAGCGGAGCAGACCAGAAGAUACGGAUGUCAGUAGCUAAAUUCCUGACGCUUUCAUAUAUUAUAACCCCUAUAGUAUCGUUUGCAGUUGUGGGAGCUUUGGAAGCCGCAAAAGCUGCAAAGGGAUGAUUCGCGUGUGGAUAGUAUAAAAUAAACCAAGAGGUAAUGCAAUACAACAGGUCAAAUAGAUUGUACAUGAAAUUAUAUAAAAAUAUAACAGAUUACGUUUGGAAAACAGAAUAGUGCUCCAAGAUUCCAACCUCAUAAAGUUGUUCAGCCAAUUCUUUAAC